AUGGAUAUGCCAGCUAGUACAAUUGCUACAUUACUUCAUAAAUUAUGUGAAAGCUUGUCAUCUGAUCCAGAUGGAGCUUAUGAACUUGCAUUAUCAUAUUUAUCUUCAACAAGUAAGAAAACACGACCAGUUUUAGAUGAGGGAUUGUUGUGUCAAAGGAUUCAUGCACGCUUAGCCAGUGUUUCUGCAAGGGAUAGUGACAAAUUUAGUGAAGCCUAUUCAAAACUCAAGAGUUCAUUUGUAUUGAAACAGAGAGUUGCUGUUCUUUCCCUUCUGUUGGACCUGUCUGAAACACCUCAACAAACUGAAUCUACACAACAGUUAUUUCCUAUACCAAAUAUUUCAAUCACGAAUUCUGCUUUUGGUUUAUCAACUCCUGCAUCCAGCUCAAGUAAAAGUAACAUAGGACCAGUGAGAUGGGGCAGUAAUUGCUUAAAACAACAAGGUUCAAAUCAAAGUCUUCCUUCAAAUAAAAGUGAUUUUGCUGUAGCUGUCUGUUCUAGUGAUCACUCAAACGAGCGUGCAUGUGUACGGGAUGCAGUGUUGGCUGCGACAGGGAUCAAGGCCCGUGGUCAGGAGAGCUGGACUCGUCCGGCACAGAUAUUAUACAGUCGGAUAGCUCACUUAGGCUUCCUGCAUGACCGACUUAAGGAGUUCAUUGACCCUGCAUCAGAUCUUAUGCCACAAGGUUUGAUGGGCGAAGGAUUAGUGGCUUCCAUCCGAGACGAGCUCACUGAGUACUACAGAAGUGUUGCGUUACUACAAUCUCAGAUAUGUGAAGGCGAUGGCGCCGGCGGCACGCUACGGCGAGUGUGUGUUUGGGCGCAGGAACCGCUACACCGGCUGACUUGGCUGGCGAAUAUUGCACACACCGUUCAUCAUAAGAAAGGCGGGGAGCUGGCGUCAUGUGUACAUCGCUUCGUGAGGCACGGCGACGACCGCGUCGUGACACUGGCUCGACGUCUACUCACUGCACUCACGUAUCCGCUACUACAAAUGCUUACAAGAUGGCUAUUGCACGGAGAAAUUGAUGACCCUUUUAAUGAGUUCUUUAUUGAAAGUAGAAGUGGUGUUCCUAUAGAUAGAAUGUGGCAUGACAAGUACAGGGUGCGGGAGUGGAUGGUGCCGUCGUUCAUGUCGCGCGAGCAGGCGGCGCAGAUCCUGGCCACGGGCAAGAGCGUGGUGUUCAUGCGCGAGGCCUGCACCGACGCGCCAGCGCCCGCCGACCACCACCACCACCUGCACGAGCUGCUACGGGCCGGCGCCGGCGCGCGGCACCCGGGCGGCGAGAGGUCGGAGCCGGCGUGGUGGGAGGCGGGCGGGCUGCCGGCGGGCGUGGCGGCGGCGCACGGCGCGGCGGCGGCGCGCCUGCUGGCCGCGCUCACCACGCACCACCACCUGCUCGACCACCUCGCCGCGCAUCGCCGCUACCUGCUGCUCGCGCAGGGCGACUUUGUGCACCACCUGAUGACUUUGUUGCAAGACGAGUUGAACAAGCCGGCGACCUCCCUGUACGUGCAUAACCUGACGUGCACGCUGGAGGCGGCCGUGCGCGCCACCAAUGCGCAAUACGAGCCGCCGCACGUGCUCGCGCGCCUUCAUGUCAACUUGUACCCCAACUGCGACGGACGCGAGGACAGCGGGUGGGACGUGUUCGCGCUGCAGUACCGCGUGGACGGGCCGCUGGGCACGCUGUUCCCGGCCACGUGCGCGGCGCGGUACCGCGCACUCUUCACGCAGCUGUGGCGCGUCAAGCGCAUCGAGCACGCGCUGCACCACGCCUGGCGCGACCACGCCAUACUGCAGAAGCGGCUCAGGCAUAUGCCCGAGGUGUGGAGCCUGAUGCGCCGCGUGUCGUGUCUGCGCGCGGAGGCGCUGCGGCUGUGCGGCGCGCUGCAGGAGGCCAGCUGUGAGGGCGCGGAGGCUGCGUGGGCGGGCCUGCUGGCCGCCGCCGCCGCGCGCCUGCCGCUCGACCGCCUGCUCGCGCUGCAUCUGCGCGCGCUCGACAGGCACUCUAUACACGCCAUGAUACAUCAUACCACACAGGAGCUCCAAUCGUACCUCGGCAACGUGCUGAAUGAGACGCUGGCGUUGCGCAGCUUCGAGACCACGCUGCACGCCGGCAUCACCGCCGAGCUCGAGCGCCGCGACCGCCUCGAGCAGCUAAAGGCCGAGCGGCUCGCGCGGGGUGAAUAUGCCUUCAACGCGGCUGAUGAAACGCAAGAUAAGGAAAAAAGAAAAAUUUUCCAGCAAUUUUUGGCAAACAGAAAAGCUGAUUUAAAUGUUUGGGCGAGAACAUACAGGGGGCACGUAACAACACUCAUCCUCAAGUUGGCCCUGCACCCCGAGGUGUCCCUCCAGACGCUCGCCUUCCGGCUCGACUACAGCGACUUCUACAAGCGCGGCGACGCCAAGCUGCACGAACCACUCACCUACCAGCACAAACGCCUUAGCGAAAUCGGUCUUAGUUUAACUAAGGGUCAACUAGAUCACAGUAAGAAAAAG